AUGCUUGAUGAAUAUCCGCCCUUGGCGGCUCUUCCUCAAUUAGCCCUACACUCAGCUGCAGAGCCCGGUCAGCUCAAUGCAGCUGACAUUGUCGACAAAUGGCUAUCCUCGUUGACCGAAAGCCUACGCAAGGCCUGUGCGAGUGACAUUCACAGGCAUUUUCUUGAAAAAGAAUCGUGGUGGAGGGAUUUUAUCUCUCUGUCGUGGGACAUUGCUUGUCACAAUGGCGCCGACGCCAUAGGAAAAUAUCUCGGCACCUCAACGACGGGAUUUCAAGAGCUGCAUGCAAGGCUCCCAGGUGCAUUGCAGCCCCAAGUGGUGGAUAUGGGCGGCCUUCUGUUCAUCCAAUCCGGAUUUACCUUCAAAACUAACUUCGGAGCUGGGAGAGGGAUCCUCAGACUUGCCAACGUUGGGCCAGAUGAAUGGAAAGCCUGGACGGUAUUUACGGUUCUCGAGGGAUUUCAUGAGUCAGAAGGCAUGAAAUCGCCAUCUGCCAUCCAAGAGGAUGACCAUCUGCAAGUUCUGGUAGUUGGUCAGGCUGGGCUUGCAAUUGCCGCACAUUUGCAAGAGCUAGGCAUAAAAUAUCUUGUCGUGGACAAAACAUCUCGGCCAGGAGAGUCAUGGCGCGCGAGGUAUGAAUCGAUCAGAUCGCAUACGCCUAUUUACUCUGAUCACUUCCCAUUCCUGAAAUUCCCGAGUAAUUGGCCGCGUUACCUCGACCAGCCGCAUAUCGUUAGGUGGAUCGAACACUACGGAGACAAAAUGCGUCUUAACAUCCAGCAUGGCACGAUCGCGAAGCGAAUUGAGUACAGUGACUCGACGCAACGAUAUUCGGUGGACCUGCAGAAUGACCAGGGAACCAAAACCAUCCAACCAAAACACGUUGUCUUGGCCACUGGUCUUUUCAGUGAUACCGCAGUGCGUCCCGAUUUCCCUGAUGAAGAUUCAUUCAAAGGAGAGAUCUACCACACGUCUGCACAUCGAUCAGCGGCCCUGGUGCCGGGUAUUCAAAGCAAGAAGAUCACAAUAAUUGGGUCCGGAACCAGUGCGCACGACAUCGCCAAAGACUUUGCCCACCACGGGGCAAAGACAGUGACAAUGGUGCAACGCAACCCGAUUUAUGUCGCGUCUCUCGACUCAUUGGAAACGUUCCAGCUGGCUCUUUGGAACACUCCAGGGGUGAGUACUGAGGAUGCAGAUCUUUUGGGGAACUCUUUUCCAACGCCUCUCGUUCGCACUCUCGGGGUAGGGGCAUCUCAGAUGAUGUCAGCUAAUGACAAGGCGUUGCUGGAUGGGUUGGAAAAUGCUGGUUUAGCAGUCAAGAGAGGAAAUGGAGACAGUCUAGUCGACUACCAACUCAUUAAAGGAGGCCACUUCUACAUUGAUCAAGGGGCAUCCCAGAUGAUCAUCGACGGUCGCAUUCAGAUCCGGAGAUGUGAACAAGGCGUCCAGGGGUAUUGCCCAGAAGGCGUAAUCCUGCGCGAUGGCACCAGAAUCCAGUCUGACAUUGUUGUUCUGGCGACUGGCUUCGAACGCGGCUCAAAGGUGAUUGAGCGUCUCAUGGGCAAAUCUGUUAUGGACAAGAUAGGAGAUGUGUUUGGCUUAGAUGAGAGCCAGGAACGAAUCGGAGUAGGUUGA